AUGUUUAUUCGACUGUGGGUUACAUCUAUUUUACUUAUCAUUGUUGUUCAAACAGCAGUAACAAACAGUUCAAAAGGUCAAACGGCUGAUAGUCUUAAAUUACUUAAACAAGAUCCACUUGAUUAUGAUUAUGAUCUAAAUGAUCAAAAAUUAUUAGGAAAUAAUAUUGAAGGUAGUGGAGGUGCUGCAAGUCUUGAUGAAUAUGCUGAUGAUGAUGAAGAAGAAGAAUUAUCUAAAGUUACUGCUAAUAUUAUAAGUAGUAGUAUGACUUCUACAAUAACAACAACAACAACAACAACUGCAAAAUCAACUACAAUUAAAACUACAACAACUACUACAAUAUUAUUAACACCAUGGAUGAGAACUACAUUUAAUUAUGAACAACGAAAUGAAAGAAAUCGAACUACUAGUACAACAACAUUAUCAGCAUUUAAUGAUUUAGAUGCAAGUGAAUUUAAAGAUGAUAAUGAAGAAUAUGCUGAUGAUCUUGAAGAUGAUGCUUAUUAUAAUGAAUUUACAGUAACAAAUAAAAUGUCUACAACAACAACACAUUCAACAACACGAUAUUUAACUCCAACAACUCGUCAAUCAUUAGUUGUUAAUCAUACGGCACCUAUUUGGAUACUAUUUAAAUUUCUAACACGUCCACCUAUUGCAGCCGGUAUUCUUGCUGCUAUUGGUAUUUUUACAUCAAUAAUUCUUCUUAUUUGUAUUAUUCAACGUUAUCAUAAACGUGAAAAAUCUCAUUCAUCAUAUACAACAGGUUUACUUUAUCCAAAUCAAUAUGGUUAUUCAAAGUCACCACAAGAAUUUUAUGCUUAA